UUGUAAACAACAUGGCGCACGCCAGGACAAUGAAAAUGAACAGUGCUCCAUUCCCAGCGCAGGGCAAGGAUUCCGAAGAACUGAGCCUGUAAAAAGCUAGCUAAACACAGGAUUUAACGGAUGUUUGAUUCAAAUGCCUCGUAAAGAUAAAGCAUCAAAAGGCAUCCUCGGAGUGCGAAAACGGGCUGGGACACAAGUGUUUGCGUUUGGAAGACACGCCGAGCCAUUGCCUUCAGACGAAAGCGAUGAUCCAGACUUCAUUCCAGAAGAAGACGAGACAUCAACAAACGCUGCAAGCACAUCACGUAAUGGUUAGUUUUAAAUUGAGUUUCUCCUAUCCGAUCGAGGUCUUAAGCAUUUUACUAUAGUACAACCGAAAAAUAGUGCACGCGAAAGAAGUGGCGCAAGAAGGUGUUGCGCCGCAAGAACACGCAAGCUACCGCAAGAAGUGACGAACCGAUCCGAUCGAGGACUUUUACAGUAGUUUUAGUUAUUUUGUUUCAUUUCUGAAUAGCUUACCGAGAAGAAUAUUAAGAACAAAAGUGCAAACUUAAAAGGAAGACAUAAAAACAAGCAACUAAGUCAUCAAAUAAACAAAAAUUUCAAUGUUAUGGUCUUUUCAUUGGUGAAAAAUUGGACGAGGUUGAUUAGGGGACAGGUUGAAGUAUCUGGGCACAGUCGUCAGGAUCAAGGUUCCAAGCCACAAGUACUUACGAGAAUUGCACAGAAGACAGCAGCACUAGCAAGACUGAAGACCAUCUGGAAUGAUUAUGCAUAAUAAUCUCUCUUAGCUCAAAGAUCAGACUUAUGCACUCCCUGAUAAUCUCAAGACUGUUGUACGCCUGUGAAACCUGGACAAUAACAACAGACAUCCAGAAGAAUUUGCAGGCCACUGAGAUGAGAUGCUUUAGGAAACUGCUUGGCAUCAUUAACAGGAGCAUGGUGUCCAUUUAACAAAUAGAUUCCAUUUUGCCGUGCGUCUGUUCAGUAAUAGAUCACAGAUGACGUCAAAAUGUAGUGAAAACAAGGAAGUGACACACGAGCUGCACAUUGUGACGUCUUCUGUGAUCUAUUACUGAACAGACCCAUGGUAACAGGGAAUCUGUUUUCUUUAUACAAUGAUCAGAUAAGAAAAUAUACCAAAACACAUACUUGCCUUGUACAGCUUGACUGUGUGAGGAUUUGUGCUAGUUAAGGCAUUUUUUAAGUUCCAAAUGCUAUUUUUCAUCUCUGUUUCUUCUCUUUUCUUUAUCACAUUUGUGUACCGUUUCUUCGAAAAGUUUGUCACCAUCUUUUCUUGCUCAAAGCAGAAUUAUAGCGCAAACAUUUGCAAAACAGCAAGUCCUUCGUAGCAAUGACACACGAUGGCAACUGUUGUGAAAAAAAAUGUGCUGUUCUGGAAAAAAAUUAUUUUCCUGAAAGCAUUUUUAUCAUUAAACAAGCAUGAGUGAUAAAGAAAUGCAAGUUAAAGUGGUUUGGGCAUGUUUCAAGACCAGCAGGGCUUGCCAAGACAAUUUUACAAGGAACAGUGCAUGGAGGGAGAAGAAGAGGCUGACAGAAGAAGGGUUGCGAAAGUCACAUCUUUGAUUGGAAAGGGUUGAAGUUUUGUUGUGACACCCUAACAGAAUCUGAAGACAAAAUCAAAUGGAGGGAAAGGAUUGCUAGGUUCAGGGUGCCCCAACAGUCCCCAUGACUACAGGAUAGGUGCAGGUGCAGGUGCAAGAUUCUGAAUAUUUGAGUGUCAGAAGCCGCUCCUUGCAGUCCAUUGUGGUACCAAUAUUAAGCUAUUUAGCUGCUAUGUUGACUUAUAUAUUAGGUGUGACUGAGUGUAUGCUGUGUGUACGUGUCGUGUUCCCUAAUCCUUUCAUGCAUGCAUUUGCGCAUCAUCAAUGUAUUAAAAGUUUGCCGUAUUGAAUUCGCAUCCUAUACAUCUACUACUCCGUCUUAUUUCAUGGUUGAAUAGCUUCCAUUUAGGCCCAGGAGAAGCGGGGGUGGGGGGGAGGGAAUGCCGGAUUUCAAAUGGGUUAAGGUUUUUAGGUUUGAAAAAUUUGGGGUUUGAAAUUUUUGUUUCCCUUAUUUUUUUAGAUAGGAGAAUUUGGCAGGUAUUUUUUUCGUGGCUUGAUUUAAGAGGGUUUUUUGGGGGGUAUUCAAGAGAAUCUGAAUAUUGGUGGUAGUGCCAGCACUUACAUGUAGUUCUGCAUUUACCACCAAACUUGUUUUGCUUUCUGGAAAAUUUUAAGGCUUUGGAAUUCGAUUUUUUCGGGCGUUAAUAUUUGGUCCAGGGAUUUUAUUGGGUUUUGUUGGAAGCCCUAGGGAUCCCCCCCCCUGGGGGGUUUAGGUGGCACUAAGUAUGAUCUAACUGUUGCUGCAGGCCAGGAUGACAAGGUUUAAAUAACCCAUUCAUCAACAUGUAUGGCAAAACCCUUCUUGAUUUGAUUUAAUGUUUUUUUACACCUGGCUCUUGGAUUUUAGCCUCCUAUGCAGAUGUUCUUAGGGCUUCAUCAAUGUCUGCUGAAAUAAGCAGUUAAAUUCCUUUCCCUUUGUUCGGCACUUAGUGAUUGUUUGAUAAAAGGCCAAUCAUGAGUAGAAAAUUAAGUGCUGACAGGCCAAACAGGAGUCACAAGCUCACAUAGUGUGAUAUGGACUAUUCCUUUUUAUUUAAGAUAUUAGUGCAUGGAAGCUCUUUGUGUACAUGAAGUAUUGAAUUUGAAGGAUGUUGGAGGUUGGAUUUGAAUUAGGUACCAUUUUCUCAUUGAGAUGUUCUUAAGGUUAGGCAAAGGCAGGGUGUGACGUGGUAUAUGUAAGAGAAAUAUGCUUUGUUGUAGUAAAGCUGACUUCCGUCAGUAAAUUUAACCUCAAUUAAUGUAAUUAUUGUUUAUGAGAUGUUGGGGGUAGUCUCCAGGACAGAGGCAUGUUAUUCUCAUCGGCGAGUUUGGUCUAAGAAAUCUACAGGGGCUUUUCCUGGUAGAGGACCUUCUCUGACUUUGCUGACCUUUUCUGGAGUUGCAUGCCACAGUUCUUGCCCUAAAUUUUUCAAGGUUUAAAAUGCACUUCCCAGAUGUGGAAGUAGUGUGCUGUGAUUGGUAUACAGUCUGUAUGUUAGUAACCACUCAUUUCAGCAGGCAUUCGCCAGGGAGGAUUGUGUGACUAUAAGCCAAAAGAACAUCUGUGUGAGAGCUUAAUUGAAUGCUGGAAUAUUCACAAUAAUGUUUUUUCCGUUUUAGUGAAAACCAAGAGAAAUAAAGAAGAAGAACAUGCGUCAAAAAAGAGAAAGCUUGAAAAAAGGAAGAAAGCAGAUCCUAAGAAGAAAGACAAAAAAGAAACUGAAUCUAAGUCUAAUCCCCCAGUGCAGCUAUUGAAAGGCUGGUCAGAGCUUAUUCCAGUAGAACUCCUUAUGAUAAUAUUUCAGCAUGCAAUGAAGCAAAUUAUAGGAUCCAAAAUACCUUUCUUGUGUAGGUGAGAGUUCAGGCAUCAACAUUAUAUAAUGACUGUAACAUGAAAAUUUUCCUUUCUACUGAAUUAUUUAAUUUUUAUUGCCAAAUUACUUUGUAAAACAUUCUUUCACUAAAGUUUGGCUUCUUCCCUGUUGCAAAUUUGGGGAUUCAGCUAAGGAAAUGCUGACCAGGUUUUUUUACUCAAAUACACCUUUCAUUCACAUGGCUCAAAAGAAAAUUGAAUUUCAGCUUGUCCUUUGAGCAAGCAGCUCUCACAUUUUGCUUGGUUUGGGCCACUGCUAACUUGUCUUUAGUUAAUUAUCUUGUUAGAGGAUGACUUGCUUGGACUCUUGCCCAUUGGCCAAGCAAGCUUUAAAUUUACUUACCCAGCAAGAAAAUCUACCUGUCCUGGACUACUGGUUGGGACUUCUGGAUCAUUAUAUGUUUCAAGGAAACUGCCCACUUACCCCUCCCCUAAGCCAACACUUUGCCCUAAGUCAGAAGUAAGUGUUAAUGUUGGCUUAAGGGAGGAGUAGCAGUGCCGGAUCCAGACCUUGAGAUAAUGCGGGGGUGGGGGGCAGUUAUCAACACCUUUAGAUAAGGGGGCGGUGGAGGGGGGGUUUGGCACAGUCUCCCCCCCAAAAUUUUUUGGCCCUUUGGGCCUCAGUUUGCUCUAAAAAUAAGCGGCGGGGGAGGGCUGGCCCCCCGGGCCUCUCCCCUGGAUCCAACACUGGGUAGGUGGGCAGUUUCCCAGGAAUGUAUAACAAUCCGGACUUUUUCAAGCCCUAUCAAUUUUAUACCAUGUCCUUAAAUUAGAUUACAGUUCACUGUAAAAUUUAAAAAAAGAAAUUUGCCUUAUACAGCAAGGCCAAAAUAGUCAUGUGUAUAGCUUUAUGUUUCAGGAGAAGUGGGAUGUUUUCGUUAAAGAAUUUUUGUGGGUGGCAAAUGUGACCUUUAAUGUAUAUAGACUGACUGAUUAUGCUCUCAGUUUUGUUUUGUUUGUUUUUCUAAUUCUCAUUCUAAUUACCAGUCUCUGAAAUGCUGCCAGUUACAGUAGCAAUUAUUAUUAAAGCAUAUGUACCAGAAAAUUUGGUUCAUCUAAAUUUUGAUCUGUUAAGUUCAUAGUAUAGCAGGGAUGGAAAAAGUUCCAUCCAGUAGUCAGGAACAAGUAGAUUUUCUUGCUGGGUAAGUAUUUUUUAAAGCUUACUUGACCAGUGGACACUUUUAAGGCCCAGGCACCAAGUCAUCCUGUAACAAAAUCAUUAACUAGGACAAGCAAGAAGUGGCUUCAGGCGAGAAAAAUGUGCGACCUGCUUGUCCAAAGGACCAGCUGGAAUCCAAGUUUCAAGCUCUGCAUGGACAAUACACUUGUCUUUCUUUUUUUCAUGAUUGUCAGGAUGUCAAGGGUUUGUCGCCAUUGGAGGCGGGUUGCAUCAGAACCAAGGUUAUGGAGGACGGUGAAUUUGUCAACUUCAUUUGUGAAAAUUUCAGCUUCACCUGCAAUUCUGCAACAAUUGGCACCUGAACGAUUGAAAUAUGUCAGGCAACUUUUCCUUGGUGGCUGGAGCAAACUGACAGAUAAAGGAAUAGAAGUAUGGUAACAUCUGUGUUUUAAAUUUUUUUAAGUUAUUAUUAAAAGUUUUCUCUUUUAAUGUAUCUAUUAAUACUUGGCCAAAUUAAGUCACAUGCGCCAACUUAUACAUGUAGCCGCUACAUGUAACUCACUGGCAUUAUGCACAUGCCUGCUGGUUGAAAACAUUGACCUAACCCUUGUAAUACAAGACAAUUAAAUUGUCUCAUUUACUAACUACAGAUGUGAAAAUUGAUGAAGUAGGUGACAUUGCUUAUCUUGCCGAGAUAUGUGCGAUCAAUAAUAAUGCCACCCUGCUUGUCACUCCAUACUACUAUUUGGCAAUCUUUGGAAAUCACUGCAAUAUUGAUCUUGGAGAAUCUUUGGUAAUGUUUGACAGUUGUCAGAAUUUUUUCAGCACCAUUCUAAAGUCAAGUUGUAAUUUUUUUUCGGAAAUGCUAGUACUAUGGAUACAUGUAUGUUACAGGUCAAUUUACUUUCAGGUAAAUUUUGAUUAACCUAGAUUGUUUUUCAAUUUCCUUCAUCCUCUAACCUUAGAAGACAAGGAAAAUUGAUAAUCUGGAAUCUAGGUUAAAGAAAUUUAACCUGAAAUCAAAUUUGACCUGUAACAUGUAAACGAAAAUUACAUGCAGUUGAACUAGGGAAAAACGGUAUAAUCAGUUGAAUUAGGAAAAGAAAAGGUAUCCUAUAUUUUUUAACUCAAGGGCUUACUGUUAUAUGCACUCAUAUUAUUGAUUUUCACCGUAGGCUAUAGGACAGCACUGUAAUGAACUCCAAACCAUUGGGCUUUCUGAAUGUGAGAGCUUAACUCCUCAGGGUAUCACAUCACUUGUCACCAAAUGUUGCCACUUAACAAGUAUUGAUGUCAAAUCUACAAAUGUAAGAAAAAUUACAAUUGCUAUUCUGCCCUUUUACCUCUUCUUUCUAAUGCUGUAGGUCUGUCAGGGUAUUUUGCAGAAUGUUGAAUGGUCAUGGUACAUGUAAUGUCCUCUGUAACACUACUGGGGGUGCAUGUACAUGUCAGUGGGUACAUGUAAGUGGAACUUGAUAAAUUCAGUUUAUCCAUAAUAUUAACCAUUUUAUUUAAAUCAUUUAGUGUUCAGCAGCCCUGGCCCUUCAGUGGCCUUUCAGCAUUUUGUAAAAUGCCUCUGCCCCGUGUGGUCAUUCCUUAUUUGUCUUUUUAAUGGCCUUCGCCCGAAAGGGGUACCAUUUUUUCAUCCUUGGGUUUAAUAUUCUAUUUGAACCUUUCAUUUUUAAACUCAUUGUUAUGUUAAAUGUAAAUUAAACCAGGGAUAAAAUCGAACCACAACAUAUGAAAGGCAAACAAAUGAUAGUUUAGCAGUUGGUCAGAAUCACUUUCCAGGCACCAUUCCUCUCCAUGAAUUCCUCUUUUCUACAUUUUUUGCGCCACUCUGAUCUCCUCUAUUGUGAGCUGUUUCCCACUGUCUGAACUUCUGGGACACUCAUAACUAUAGGGGUAUAGAAUGGUAUUAAAAUUCGAGACUGCAAGACCCUGAGACUUAAGUGUUUCUAUCAAUUAGCUGGAGACUUUACUUCUAAAAAUUCUGAGGUAGAGACUCUACCUGCUGAAAAUUUUAAGACAAUGGUACAAAAAAACCUAAAAUAAAAUGACUGAAAAUGCCAAUGAAAGCUAGUGGAAGCCCACUAAUAUACUGCUUUGUCUGGUUUUACUGUCUUAAUCUACUAGCUCAGUUCAGGAAGCUGGGCUCAUGAACUCUAAAAGACCAAAACAUGGAAAAAAAGCAAUACAUUGUAAAUCCAAGACUCUCUGUGGCGUCAUUUGGCCUUGAAGUUUCAUUUUCUUCAGAAUGAGAAGUGAGUUAGCAAGUUAAAAUUUGGGAUGUUAGAUCCACUGGCAUACACAUAACAAAGUGAUACAUGCCACUUCAUGUUUUUUUUGUUUUGGAAACACUCACUCGAUGAUGUUUAAUUAUAUUGUUGCAGAUUGACAUCAAUUGUCUGAAACAUAUUGUUAAACAAUUAGGAAGUCAGCUGGAGAAACUGUGGUUAGCAAAUUGCAGUCGUGUUACUGGCACUCAUAUACUUCCACUUAUUCAGGUAUUUUAAUGUAAUUAUCCUCAUUUAAGUCUCUUCUCAAAUAAGCCCCUCUUCCUCUCACCUUUUAAUUUUGACUGUGUCAUUUCAUGUAGGUGAUCCAAUUUGAUUGAUUGAUUGAUUUGAAUUGAUCUAUAAAUAGAAAUGGAAAUUCAAAUGCAAAACCUCUAACUUCAUGUGCCUGAACUUUCCCACUUUACAUUCUAAAGUGGAAAUUUAAAACCACCUUCUUCGCUAAAUUAAAUAAGCCUCCCUCUUUUCAGGCCUCUCCCCUCCCCCCUCAAAUGAUUUAUGCUAGACAUGAAUAAGACCUCCAGGGGCUUGGAUUUACCAUACAUGUACUUGUAAAUAAACUAAAUCACUUUGACAUGACAAAUUGUACGUGUAAAUGCUAUUAAAAUUAUCUUGCAUACAUGUAGGUAUUUAUUCAGCUUUCUAGGUAAGGAAAAUGUUAUUAAAAUGUUUCAUUUUUCUUUUUGAUUUAUUUUACAGGAGAAUUGUCCAAACUUGAUAGACCUUGAUGUUAGUGGUACCAACAUUCGAAAAAUUCACAUAGAAAAGCUGCAGGUAUGCUUCUGUCUUUUAUCUUCCAUAGAAACUGUCACACUGUUCAGUCAUGUCCUGAGCGGAAGGACAGGGAUAGGGGACCGUUUCAUGAAAAUCCAUGGGUCUGGAAAGUUUUUGUUGUUUACAUUCAAGAUAGAGGUUUCAGUAAUUUUUGCAUAUAACAUGAUGAUCAAACUAUCAGUAAAAGGGACUGGUUUGUUAGCUUGGAGACAUGCUCUUGUUCUUAAGAUUUUGAUUUGAAUAUUCGAUUUUGGUCCCAAAAAGUUGGUCUGAGAAACCGGACACAGGCUAGAUAGAGUUAUGUUUCAUAUAUUUUUCAGGAGCCUGUGUAGCUGGUGGGAUUUUUGCCAAAAAACAACCGCACUCCCCAGCUAUAUUUUGUUUACUUAUUGAGAUUAACAUGUUAAAAGAAAAAAACAGACAAACAACUACAAACAUUAACCUUGCAACCAAAUAGUCUCCUUCACAGCCACUCGGGCUGGAGUCAUGCAAGGUGGCGGGGAGUUUGCAUGACUCCUGGCUACAAAGGAGAGUAGCAACCCACCAGAUUUAAUUCAAUGAAGUUCGCCUUGAGCAAAAAGUAUCAAAGUGGCUAGUAUUCAUACCCUUUUCAUGCGACCACCAUUGCCUUGGGCCAUGCAAACAGCUAGUGUUCCUUUUAUGUUAUCAGCUUUACCUACAUGUACGUGUAAAUCUGGGACCUGGAUCUUUUUUCAACUUUUGGGCUUGCCAUAAAAGUGUAUUACUGAGACUCAGAGCUUAAGAACCUUCGGGUGGCACACACCGAAAUUUACUGUAUGAUAACUGAUCCUUUCUUUGUGUUUUACAGGCUGGCUGUCCUAAACUAAGACGCCUUAUGUUGGCCAAUCUGUUACUUAACUCCAUACCAAAAACCAAUGAAAAGGUACAGUAAACUGAUAGUUUAUGGAUAGUAGAGUACAUACAUUGCCAAGGGGGUCCACCAACGUACAGUUGAAUAGAAGCCAGUAGACUCAGGAAACCCAAGAAACACGCACACUUUGAAAGUUCGACCAAAUGCUCUAAGUUAGUAUUUUUUGAGAGCCAGUGUUGGGACUGGCUGAUGCUCAAGUCUCACCCUUCACCAUUUUAGAAAUUUGAAGGAAACUGGUCCGAGUUAGCUUUUGCAAAGACUUCUGCGCCGUUUCUAGGGAUGGGGAAAACAUUCAGUAGCUGACUGGCGCGUCCCCAGUAACAAUCCCAGAGACAACUGUGGGACACAAUUCACCUCAGUGAGCUCUAGUGAAGUCCCUUUCUUGUCCUAAAGUGGUGAAUGGCCAUAGUAUGUUUUGACAUGCAGAUAUGAGUUUCAAACCGGCUUUGUCUUGUUAUCUCCUUUCAUCCUUAAAUGUUAAAGCCAUAUGACAUGCAACGCUGUCAGUGUUGUUAAACUAGUGCAAGCGCAGCACUUUUCCUUUUUUCUGGAUAUGAACAUGAUGAAAUAUUCAUGUUUGCUGAGGGAAUAUCUUGGCUUUUAUACCACAUUAUCCUAGCACGAAGUUCAUCUUGCUCUCUGGAUCUAACUUUUCCUUCAUUUCCUUUCAGUCAGCAAAUGGUUUUCCUGAUCUUGAGGUGGUGGACCUUUCUUGUGAUUAUUAUGGACUUGAUCGUAGAAAUGAUCAGCUGUUAUACAGGUGAGAUAGCAAUGACAUCUUGUCACUGAGUUAAAACCUGUUACCGGUAAUUAAGUGUGAUUAUUCCUUAAACCUCCAUGUGCAACUCGUAAGCAACCACCUCCCAUAAGUGUCCACUUAUCCAAAACAUCAAAAUUUUCCCAGUCGCAGCCCUAUAAUUAGAACCUCUUGUAAAUGACCACCUCUUGUAAGCGAAUGCGACCACUUUUUGGCCUCACAGUUUUGUGGUCACUGUUUUUCACCUCUUGUUAGCGACCACUUGAUGCAUUUUGCGGUCUCAGUGUAUACAAAGAUCAUGUGACAGCAUAUAACUACACUUAGCUUAUAAAUUGCUUGCACUAAAUUCUUUGCCAAAAGGACCUCUUUUUGGAAGAUACCUCCUGUGGUUUGAUUCUCUUAAGUGACCACCUGCAGUGACCUUAUCUUUUAGUUGUAGCUUUUUAAUGCUUUAUUCAAGACUAGUAAUUGUGCCAAGUUUGAAAAAUCUGGAUAUUAGAUCCUUUUCAAGGGAAUUGAUACAAUCUUGGCAAUCUUGGGGCAAUCUAACUGAUAUUUCAAAACAUCCUCCCCACUACUUCUGUUGAAAAAGUGUAGGGACAGUAAAUGAGAAUCCCAAUUUUGGUAUUAGGAUUUAAAGGGUUAAAGGGUAUCUUUACAUUAUAUCUUUAUAGCUGUCUCUGGAAUGCAUUUCUACCCAUUUUGUAUGAUGCUUAUUUCCUUGUAGAAUACUGUGGGCAUCCAAACAUCUCCAAAUGUUGAUUCUUGAAGGGCCCAAUCUGAUUACUGCCGAGGGAUUUCGGGUAUGUCACAUCCUAAUCUCAGUAAAACAAGCCAAUGUUGAAUUGUUUCUUAAGGUUCGAGUACAAGCUGUAGCCUGAGAAAAAAAAACGGAUAUUAGAGCUUCUCAUUGGGUGAAACAAAUUUUCAACCAAUCAGAUCAGAGGCGGAUCCGGACCUUUAGAUAAGGGGAUGGACCCAGUCAUCCAGACACUGAGAUAAAGGGCGGGGGGGGAGGGGGUUAGCGUUUUUUUGGCCCUUCGGGCCUCAGUUGGUCCAAAAAUAAGAGGGGGCCGGGCCCCCCCAGGCAUCUCCCCUAGAUCAGCCACUCCAGAGCUCCAUUUAAAGUCUCUGUGUAACUCUUAGUAGAAAAUCCUCUUUCAUCCACUGCUGACUAACGAAUACUCUAACGUCUCUAGAAUCUGCCAGAUUUUCCUUUGAAAAUUCUGAUAUACAACAAUGCAUCAUAUUCUAAAGUCGCUGCUAUUGUUGAAAAGGUAAGACAAAUUCCUUUUGUUCUCUCCUGUAACAAAAAAUUAAUACACUUCAUGUCUUGUCCCUCGGGAGACCAGUUAAUUUUGUAUUCGUGAGAUUCCUGGUGUUUACUGACCUCAAUUAGACUUGUACGCAGUCGCUUCACUGUAUGCGCUGUGAUUGAUGGGAAGGAUGUACUGAUUUCGCAGUGCAUCAAGGGAAGGAACAAAGAAAAACGCGAAGCGUUGUCACUUUUCCUCCGUCCUUCCCAAGCGCCUUUGCGUGCGUCAAAUUGCCUUUCCAUAUUCCUUUGCGAGAAAUAUAAGUGGCGACUGGGUACGAGUCUGGACCUCGUGAAGUGAAGAAUAAGAAGCGAAUCAAAACAAUUUCAGUACUUAUAAGAUCACACAUGUAAUUCUAAAAACCGAACGAGUGAUUUCUUAUUGAUUCCUUAUUGAUAUCUGCAUCUUUUUCGUUUACCAGCUGCUUCUUGAGUAACUUUAAAAAUCGUUUCUAUUUUAGCUUGCGGCUCCAUGUUUGUGUUGUUGUGUUAGAACUGGCAGUAUUUUUUCCCGCCUUCUCUCGUCACUUUACACUGGGCCGAGUUAGCUUUGCAAAGACUUCUGGGAUCAUUAUAGGGGACGCGCCAGUCAGCUAUAGUCCUUUGUCACGCGGCGGCCAUUUAGUCUCAGGAAAUUAAAAAAGCUUUGCUUUUGCACGGUUAGCCUCGCAGUGAAAAUGAGGCUAGCCCUGCAAAUACAAAGCUUUUUUAAUCUCUCGGGACAAAAUGGCUGCCGCGUGACAAAGGUCUAUUAAGCCUGGUUUUCACUAGCGCCUAAGCAUAAGCAUGAGUAUAAGCACAAGCACAUGUGUACGCAAAUGAAAACUGGGUCGACAUAAGCAUAAGCAUAAGCACAAGAAAAACAGCCAAGGUCGUUCUCCUUGUGCUUGUGCUAAAGCUUAUGUCGUAGCUUUGACUAGUGAAAACGGGUCGACAUGAGCACAAGCAUAAGCACAAGGCCGUGGACCAAUCGUAGGUCACUUUGACCCAGACUUUAUGCGAACAUAUCAUAAGUAAUAUGGCGGACGAAGCGUCCGUCAUCUUGUUUAUCAUCGGGUUUAGGAGAGCUGGUAUCGAGAAUUGAGUCAAAUAUGCCAUUGUGCGCAUGCGUAUGUCCUUAUGCUUAUGCUUAUGUACUAGUGAACACCUUGCUUUAAGGACCUUAAGAUCCGAGGACGGCGACGGCAGCGAAAACGUCACUGAAAGAGUGAAUUCGCGUUCUUACAAUCUUCAUCGCGAUUACUUCAAGUCACUAACUUUUUCAAAUGUAGGUGAACCUUCCUAAGUUGAAUCGACUAUUUUACAGUUGUGGGCUUAGUAUCCUGACCUUUGUCUGAACAUGAGGCUGGAUUGACCUUACUUUGAUACAAACCUCUUUCUUUUUCGUAUGGAGAUUAUGCUAUACUAGUUAGCAUAAGAACAAUAUACACUUAAUGUCAGAUCGAAGGAAAACAUAUAGCCAACUGGUUUCCUCAGGGACCUAACAUAUAUUUCUAGACUUUCACUUCAACAGCAACAAAAGAAUAACCCAGAGCGAAUCAAAAUAGUCCACUCGAUACUAAUAAGAACAGAAAUUUAAUUCUCAAAACCACUGAAUGAAUGAUUUACGUAUUACUUUCCUUAUAUCAUCUGCAUCUUUUUCCCCUUUAGCUGCAGUUUCUCUUCCGGGAUAACUUUGAAAAUUAGUCCUUGAAUUCGGUUUACGUCCUUGAAAAGUACUGGAUUUCUUUAUUAGGUCUUAAAAAGUCUUUGAAAUUCACAACCUUGUUACGCCAGACACCUUUUUCUGUAAAAUUAGAUUAUUUUGCCUUGGAAAAUUUGGCUCAUCCUCGGUAUAAAAACCUGUAAAACUCUCGGCUAACGUAAAAACAUUUUUGUGCAUUAACAAUAUUUUAUUUCUGUUUCUAUUUUUCAAAUGCUGUUUCUAUACCUCAGAUGCAAUUGCAAGUCAUACCCAGUCAUUUCGCAAAGUCUCUGACGUGUUUUAGCCAAUAGGGUAAUCAAAGAGGAUUAGAGAGAAUGCCGAUUUAUGAAAUAAAUCAUAGUCCCUAAAAAUUGUAAUUUAUCCUUGAAAAAUCCUUGGAAAAGUCCUUGAAAGUUGUACGAACCACGUUUUGGUUAUUAAACCUAUUGCUUUUUUGAUGUUCUCAUUGUCAUCACCGUCGUCGGAUCUUUAGGUCCCCUAUGGCAUUUUUUCCCCCUGUUCUCGGUAACAUUCCCAGAAGUCUUUUUGCGCAAGUUAACUCGGCCCAGUUUUCUUCUCGAUUUUUACACGAUGGGGAUUCAUAUGAAUCUAGGUAAGGCCACGUGACCAAGAAUCAACCAAGGGUAGUCCUUUUUUAGUUGAUUGAAAGUUUAAUAUAUACAUUGUAGCUCCUCCCGGAAUAUUUUCCCAUUCCUGAUGAUGUUGUUGAUCGGGGAAAGCUGGGAUGCCAAGUUCAUUUUUAAAAACAGCAGUUCAAGGCCUUAAUUGAACAAUAUUUUUACUUUCAAUCAAGCUGCUGAAAGACAACAUCAACGUAUUUUUAAUAGUAAUAUUAUAAAAAUAUAAAAUCUAUUUUAUUACGUACACAACUAUGCUUUAUAUGUAACGUCAGUAUUUUUAUAUUUCAGUGGCAUCAUUGUUUGGAACGUUUAGAUCUUUCCUCUAAUAGAGGUGUUGACGACGAAUGCAUGAAGUUAUUGAGUAAUUUCGGGAUGCAAAAGUUGAAGUCGUUAAAUCUGAGCAACACGAUUAUAACUUCAGAUGGUGUGAGGUGAGCGAGAUCUUUUAAAUUCUCGACUUUUAAUUACUGUUAACUCAAAACAGGAGCCCAUAAGCCGGAAGGAACUUCCAUGUACUUUUGUGUUACGGCGUUUUAACCGACUAAUUUAUUUUUAGAACGGUUUUGGCUUGAAUUUCUAAAGUAUAUAUAUCUUAAGUCCCACACACACUAGGAAGCAAAACCGAGAGACCUAAAAAUGAUAUUUGUUUUAUCGUUUCAUGACGUUAAGUUUUAUUUUUUGAUAUCUUAUACUUCGAAUGCGCUGAUAGACGGAGCAGACAUUCCGCUUUCGCGGGAAAAAGUGCUCUUAAAUGUGUCUAAAAUUGAACCGAUCCGUGAAAACGCCGUGACUAAGGCCUAGUAUGGGAGUUGCCUACACCGGGCUAUGGGUUCCCGCUGAAGAUGAUUCUCUAAACAUUCCAUAGCAAAGCAAAUACAAUCGUAGACAAAAGUUUUAAUCUCGGGUCAGCGCCUGUCGACCAUUCGGGAACCAAGCUCAGGUAUUAAGAGGCGGGUUAGAAAGCGAAAUAAUCAGCUAUGCGUAUCGAACAAUCAAAAUGUAAAGUUUGUUAUUUAAUCCUCGUCUCGCUGUCUUGCCAGAGGAUCGUGUUUAAGGUAUUGCCUUUCGGCGUUUCGAUAUCGGGUGAACCUCUCCCCGUGUUCGGUGUAUCGCCUCUCGGUGUUUGGUUGUCGGAUGUAACACUCUUUCUCGUGUUUGACUUAUAAAUGUGAAGCACGCCUUCUCGUGUUCGAUACAUUACUUCUCGGUGUUUGGAUAUCACAUAGAACACUCCUCUUGUUUGAUAUAUUAUAUCUUGAUGUUUGGAUAUCAGAUAAAACACUCCUUCUCGUGUUUAAUAUACAGUAGAACCUCGAUUUAACGUAAAAAACAAACACAAUCCACAAGCGCAAACGUAAAAUAUACCUCGAUAUAACGAAUAAAUGUCUGCAUGCGAUAAAGAUGAAUGCCAAAAGGACCAGUACAGUAGUUGUAAACAGUUUUGUUUGCCUGUUCUUUCUAUAGCUCAGUACUGAAAUGUUAUUACAGUAAUUUUUCAGAUCCGGAAUUGGGGAAAUGUUCUGUGUAGUAAAUUAAUUAUUGACUAUACCUCAAUAUAACGAGCAUUUUGCUAGUUUUUCCGAAAAUUCCUUAAACGAACCUUCGAUAUAACGAACAAAUUUCCCCAGUCCCCUGGCACUUCGUUAAAUCGAGGUACCACUGUAUUUCUCCUUGAUGUUUGGAUAUCCGGUGAAACACUCCUUUUCGUGUUUGAUAUAUUACUUUUCGGUGUUUGGAUAUCAAAUGAAACAAUUCCUUUCGUGUUUGAUAUAUUACUUCUCAAUGUUUGUAUAUCAGAUAAAACACUCCUCGUGUUUGAUAUAUUACUUCUCAAUGUUUGUAUAUCAGAUAAAACACUCCUCGUGUUUGAUAUAUUACUUCUCGGUGUUUGAAUAUCAAAUGAAACACUUCCUUUCGUGUUUGAUAUAUUACUUCUCGACGUUUGGAUAUCAGAUAAAACACUCCUUCUCGUGUUUGAUAUAUCACUUCUUGGUGAGGUGUUUGGAUAUCAAAUGAAACACUUCCUCUCGUGUUUGAGACAUUACUUCUGCAAGUUUGGAUAUCAGAUAAAACACUCCUUCUCGUGUUUGAUAUAUUGCUUCUCAGUGUUAGAUAUCAGAUAAAACACUCCUUCUCGUGUUUGAUAUAUUGCUUCUCAGUGUUAGAUAUCAGAUAAAACAGUCCUUCUCGUGUUUGGAUAUCAAAUGAAACACUCCUUAUCGUGUUUGAUAUGUUUCUUCUUGUUGUCUGGAUACCACAUAAAGAAACUUCUCGCGUCUGAUAUAUUACACUUCUCGGUGUUUUGAUAUCGGAUGCAACACUCCAUCUCUUGUUUAAUCGUUCGCAAUCGUACGAAUUGGUCCGAUCGGAAGGGGUCCGCAGAAAAAUGGUCAGCGUGCAUUUGCACGAGUCUUGGGUUUUGGGUAGCCUGUGGUGACUCGAUCAAGAAAGAAAACAACAUGGGCGACAAUUUGCUGUCUGCAUGAUCAAUUUUGGUCAAAUUUUCUAUAUUUUAACGACCUCAGCGGCACGCGAAGUCAAAUAAUGGCGACAGAAGACGAAGAUCUUUCAGCUUCGGUUAUAUUUAUGGGGAUUUUCUCAGGAAUGGUCGCGUUUUUCGAUUAGUUCUGCAGCGAACUACGAGGCUGAGCAUUCAAACAUUUCAACUUAUGUGUGUGGUACUGUCGAGGAAUGUUGCUGGAUUUUUAGGCUUGAACGGUAACUCGACGAAAAUGUUGUCAUUUACAAAGAAACAUAUGCAAAUAGCGCCAUUUUGUAUCAACCGGUCAAAGGUUUUAGCCAUUCUUUCAUAGUUUUAACGCUGUUUAUUCUGCUGAUAUGACAUUGGAUCGAUCUUUUAUACUCCUGGGCUUUGAUAUAUGUUGCUGUUUUAAAGUAGUCAUGCAGUGAUUAUAAGCAACUAUUUUGAGAGAUAUUUUCAGGGCCGUCAACCCCCGACAUAUUCAAAUAUUGAGAAUUGAUAGGGGAGCGAUGGUAGAUGACGUGGUAACGCACGGCACGUGACGUCAUUUGUGCUUAAAAUACUCUCCGAUCGUCACGAAUUUGCGAUGACACAAAACGCGCGAAAAAGAUGUUUUUGCCUUGUAACCUAUGACCUGAUUGGUUUACUUCCCACCAAUCACAUUAUUAUCAUGGCAUACCGGAGCCGUUUACGAGGAAACGUUCGGUGUUAACAUUACAAUAGCUCAAACAAAUUCGAGUCUACUGAAGAAAUGGCAAACGUCGGCGAUUAUCCGGAAGAUUUCAUACUCUAAUCUGGAGACCGGAAGAUACCCUCCAAAAUCUGGAGUCUCCCGGAUUUUCCGGGAGUUGACAGCAUUGUAUGUUUGUCAAGUUUUUACAUGUUAAAAAUUUCCAAAAUACGAUUUUUGGUUUUUUUGGUACCGAAUGCGUGGUGGCUUCAAGGAAAAUAUAUCCCCAAACAGUCUAGGUCAAUUUUGACAUCAUACUAUUAAGAUCGAUGCCAAGAAGUAAAUUCUUUGUUGGUAGUAUUUUUAGCGGCCUUUUCCUUCCCAGAAACUUGAGAACAAAAGGGUUAAAACUACUUGAAAUACUCAAGUAUUUUUGCGACAGCCUUUCCGACAUGUGCAUUUUCAUUCGUUACAGGAAUGUUAUUAAUGGCUGUCCCAGUCUAAAUCACUUGAAUAUAACCUCGUGCCGAGGAUUACCUCGAGGGGUGAGAAACCAUCAUGGAGAACUGGGAAUUCGCAGUCUUCCAUGGAGGAUAGCUGAAGAAGAGAAUAGUGAUUGAAGCGAUAAAUACAGCUACACUGUAUAUUAAUAUUUUUUAGACUUUUCGGUGAAGAUGCAAUUUUUUAACCGUGACAAAAUGUAGAUUUAAUGGACAUUAUUAAUACACUGACGAAAAGGGGGAAGAAUGGUUCAAACUCUCAGGUCCCGUCCAUACUACCUCUGUAACCAGGCUUCAGAGGUCCGUUCUUGAAAUACUUGGGAUGAAAAAGCUUGUGCGUACGGUUUCGGGACAAGCUUCAACAUUUUACCCGAAACGAAAAUUUAACCCUCUUUUUUUUCUAACUUUAAAGUGGCAUUCCUAUUCCGCGCAAAAUCAGAUAUCGAUCGGUCAUCGUUUUCAGGGUUUCCUUUUUCACUAGUCCACAUGAUGUCAGGAAAACUGCAUUUCUUAAAGUUUACAGUCUGUAGAGUGUUUUUAAAAGGCUGCGUUUUCGAAGAACGUUUUAACGAAUACUUGGGCGAAUCCGCAAAAAAUACCGUUGACAAAACACCAAAACGUAUGAACGGGACCUUGGUCAGGACGCUACUAAUCCCUUCAGAU